AUGUCUUGCUUUAAACUUGCAGGAAGAUUAUGCACAUGCAAAACAUAUAAUGGUUGCGAUAAUCUCACUUGCAACGAUGGUUAUUACUAAAUCUUGCAUCACAAUUCCAGACAACAAUUGUGCCAAGGUGGUUUAUCGGCUGAUGAAACAAUCAUAGUGUGUUAUAAAUGUAAAGCUGGUACAUUGAUUGUUGGAAUAAGUGUUUAGAAUAAUAAUUGUUAAACCUUCGAUGUGAACACUGGUAUUUGUACAAAACUUUCCAAUUGA